UCCUUUCGAGGGCUUAUGCAAAGUCUUAACCUCGAUGAGAAUCAAUUCAAAAAUUACGAUAUCGAGUUUGAAACCCUUAGCUUCCCACAAUUGUCGGCAGUUAAAAGUGAAAUGGAGUCACAAUUGGGUAUAUUAUUUGAUAUAUUGAAAAACAAGUAUGGUGCAGAUAUGGACACUGCCUUGUUGAGUGGUGACGGGUACCCGAGAAACGAUAUCGACGUGGUCAGUAUAAGGUUGAUUCGAGUGAAAGUGAUUAGAUUAAGAAAUGACUACAAGAAAGUACUUGAGCUUCUUGAAAAGAAGCUUGUUGAACAAUUGGGCAGAUCCAGUACAGCACAAGUAGAGAAUGAGAUCCGUGUUCCGGAAACACCCCCUUUAAUUCCAUUUGCACUUGUUAAAGAAGUUGCAUUUGAAAGCCCUGCUUUCAACUCUGGAUUGGAAGAAGGUGACAAGAUAAUCCUUUUCGAUAACGAUAUUCACGUUCGAAACCACGAUAAGUUGGCAAGUAUCUCCCGCAGGGUAUCAAACAGAAUAGAUCAACCGAUAAAAGUUGAAAUAUUAAGAAAUGAACAACAACAAUCGUUAGAGCUAACCCCCACCAAUAACUGGAAUGGUAGAGGAGUCCUUGGAUGUCGUAUUAUCCCGUUAUAGUACACUAGCAUGUAUUAUUUAUUUAACCUAUAUAUGUCAUGUCUAAUAUACAAUUUCUUAACCUCCAUGUAAAGUACUGGUGAAGGUGAAAACGUCCCCACUUUCAAUCACAUAGUCCUCGCCACCUUCUAAUUCCCAAUCGGUAUCAUUGAUAAGCACCAAUAUCCCUGGGCGAACGGUGUCAUCUUCAAUGAAAACAGGAAUGUCUUUUGGAUCGGUGAUGAUGGUGUUGGUGAUAUAGUCAACCAAAUCUUUCAAUGUGGCCUCACCUUCUUCCAACGGAACA